CUUAAAAGAUUUAAUUCAGAUAAAUUUUUUAUGCCCUCUGAGAGAACAGGAUUGAUUGGACUAAAAGGCAUUAAAGCAGAGGUUAUGCAAUUUAGCUCGGGAGUCCCGUGCAGACCGAGCUUUAUUUCUAGAAAUGAUCAGUUCGAAGUGAAACUAGUACAUGGAGUCACGCAGAUGACAGUAAAGGAUUGGUAGGAGAUGAAACAUAUUUUCUAGACUGACGCAGACCAAACCAAGAGAACUUUUUCAAACUGUUUCGGUUUUCAGCUGUACAAAUAAUUCUUCAAACAAGAAGAAAAUCAGCUACUUAAAAUUCAAAUUUGAUUCACAAAUAUUCAAUACUCUGUUUUCAAUAUUCCAAAACAAAACAACAUCCAAAGGAAACUCUAUCUAUCCAUGUUCAAGACACAAUCCAAAAUAUGAACAUAAAACUCUGCUAAUUACUGUCACCCCCUUUCUCUGUAUUUAUUUAAUCAAGUCUUUGAUAUCAAAUGUCUCUGAGUAUGCUCUGUUAUCCCACGCAUCUUCACUUUUUUUGGCAGCUUGUUCUUUUCUCCACACGGCUUGAUUCUUUUCCUGUAUUUUCUGUGUCCAAAAUCUUUUCUUUAAUUCUGUUCAAUUUCAAACUUUAGGACCCUUUUCUCCUCUAAUUGUCUAGGCCCUUCAUAUUCAAUUUCCUACGCAGCUUUCUUAUUAUCUGUUGCUGAUAUGAUACGGUUUCAUUGUUCAUCUGCCUAUUACUUCAGUGAUUUCAGUACGCACUCUUUUGACUCAACUCCUCUUCUGCGCCCCUCCUAUUCACCAUUAAAAUCUGCAUUUUCUUGUUUUUAUUCUCUUUGCAUUCAUUUUGUCCUUUCCAUCACCACGCAACCUCUAGUUCCUCUCCACUCAGCUGUUCUGUUUUUGCAUCCAUGCACCACUUAACUUAGACUCUAUACAUGCCUUGCACAGCAUUCUUUUGCUGUCUACCAUCUCAUUUCCCACGACAAAUCUCCUCUUUCACCUCCCACGCAGCAGCACAUGAAGUACUCUCCACUUAGCCUCCAUGCCACCAAUCUCUUCUUCCUCUGUCUCUUGCGUUGAAUUCCCCUCUCUUAAUCUUACAUCAGGCGCUCUUGUCUUCUACUUAGCGCUGCCCUUUCUUUUGAAAGGAAUUUGAUUCUAGAACUUCAAAAGCCUCAUCAAAUUAUUUGCAUUCACCUUCCUUUCCACGCCAUCUCAUUUCUUUUUUCUUCUCUCUUAUCUGUAGUUUGGAAACCAUUAAUCUUCCUCUCUGUAUUCAACGUCUCUAAAAGCUCUUUCUCUUCUCUAUACAGAUAUAUAUUUUUUUGUUUUAAAACUGAAUCUCUUUUUCUUUUAUUUCUUUAACGUACCAGUCUUAUCUUUAAAAAUAAAUAAAAUAAGUUUUUUGAUGCUCCAAGAGAGAUGGUGACUUCUUCCUCAAUGACGUCUGUGUCUCUUCCACUUCUCAGUCUGCCACGUCUAUCAAUUUGGUGAUGUGGAUUUCUAAUUUUCUCAGGAUGCUCCUGCAUCAGACUCACUCGGUAAGAAGUUUAUGAGCAUAGCUCACAAAAGUGGAGUUGAGUGAUCGAACCACUCUACUAGAUUGCAAACAAUCUACAGCGAACUCCGUCACUAAAACAGCUACUGUGAAUUCAUUUUUCUUCCUCUUCUUCCAGCACCUAGCCAGAACAAUCAUCACUCUUCUCCAACAAUUUAGCUCUGCAACCCUUCCUCUCAUUGUGGAAUUGGUUCCACAGUGUACUGACCUCCUCCAAAAAAUUAUUCCUUUCCUGUCCUCCUUUGUGGGAUACAACCCACCUUUACCAGGCUUCCUCCACCAAACAAUCUUUCCACUUUUCUCCUCUUUUGUGGGUUUCGACCCACCACAAACCAACCACCUCCACCAAGUUUCAUCUACAGCAUCUUUUACAGCUUCUACAUGCAAAUAUAUACUAUCCACACAAGAAUCUGCAACUACAUCCUCUACUUUCAAUUUUGUAAAUAAAAGUAAACUAAAAUCAUUCUCUUUCACUGCUCCAACAUCUUUUUCUUCAUCCUUUGUUGCAAUGGCAAGUUUUGCAAGCCCCUCUUAAGGUUCAUUUGUCAAUUCUCCUUCCAACAAUUUACUAAUUCUUUCCAUCUCCUCUUUCGAUAGGAAAUCAUCCUCAUCUUUGUCAAUAUUCUUGUCUAAUUUAGGAUUCUCAAUGUCCAUCAUCUCUAUUGUACCUUCGUCACUACCCAAUUUUGCACUUCUUUUUCACUCUCGUCCUUCAUGCUUUUAUCAAGACAUGCUUUCGCUGCAACCUCAUGCUCAACAAUUUCUCUGCUGCUUACUUCUUCAAGCAAUUCUUUGUCUUCAUCAGGCCCUUUUGUCAAGCAUGUGACCUCCACAAAUCUUUGAGCUCUCAUUCUUCUUUGCUGUUUCAAGUUUCAACUGCUACAAUCUAAUCCAUUGCUGCAACUCUUUCUUCCUCUUUAGUGCCAUCUACUUGACACAUUGCUACAAUACUUCUGUCUUCAUCUUCCAACAUGAAGAUAUCUUCCUCAUCCAUGUGACAUGGUGCUCGAACUUCUUUGCUACUUGUGCUAUCUGCACUUUUGUGGGUUGCUCUCACAUACUUCUCCUGCCAUGUUCCUUCCACCAAAGGGCUGCAACUAUCUUCUUUCAAGGGGGUUUUCUUCUUCUCAAUCUUCUCUUCCAAUCUUCUCUCUUCCACUUCAAUCCUCCUUUCCAAUUCACCUAAGUUGGCUUGGAGCUUUCCGAAUUCUUCACGGAGCUUUCUAUUUUCAACUUCUUCCCAUUACUCCUUCCAAAAUGGGAUUAUCAUGGGUCUCCUCAUAACCCAUCUCAUCCUUCCUUUCGAAUUCAUUGUCGUUUUUAGAGACUCACAUCCCUCUACAGUCACAGGUCCUCCUGCAACAAACUCACUCUUGCUUUCCUCUACGCAGCAGACCAGUUCCUAGAAGAUAAAUUCCUCACUUGUGCACCUUCUACCCAGCUUUAACCUCUACUUGAGGAUAGCAACACACUCAUGCACUCUGCAAUUCUCAGAUUUGAGGAUGACAAAGGACACAACUCUUCGUUGGAAUUGAAGGAUAUAUAGAGCCGGUCAAAGUUGAUAUCAAAGGCAUCGAAGGAAGAAAAAUAAUUCCACUCCAGCAAUCGAGCAAUCAGCAUCAGUUAUCAUCAAAGAGAAAACCAGUCAUAAAUAUAAGCAAUCAGACCAAUAGACUGAUCAAGGCAGAAUUUAUCAUUUACUGCAGGCAAUAGUAAUCUUAUUCCAUUUGUGGUUGAAAGGGUCCUCAAGCAAGAAGGGUCACCCUAAAGUUCUUAAUUUGAAUGGGGAUGAUGGUAUGCACACUGAAGAUAGUGAUGAUAAGGAGGAUGCUCACCAUAGUCAGCAAGCUGGAAAUAUGAUUGUGGGCUCUAGGGUUGGUGAUGCUCCUGACGGCAGCAGUCCAGAAAAAAAUAUUGUUGAUAAUGAGGGUGAAGGUCCUAUCAAGUCUAAUCCUGUUCUGAACAAUAAGGUGUCUGUGCAAACUGACCCUGCCAAGGGCCUCAAGAAGUUUUCUCCCUAUUCGUCCACUAUCAGGACCCAGGGGGGUAAAAAGCCGGUUACUGGCAGAGGAAAAGCCAAGGCAGAAGAGAAUGUUAAAGCCUCGGUGCUGGAGGAUUUUGAUGCUUCUAUCGACCAUGAUGUUCCUAUGUCCCCCUCUGACCAUGAUGAGCAGGAGGUUUCUGAUCAGGAUUUGACUGGACUUCCUCCUUAUAAUUUGGGGAAACCAAGGGAAUCUUCCGUUGAAUUGUGGCUCUCUGACUUCUCUGAUAAGGAAGAAAUCACUUUUGGGGUUUUGCAGACUGCUAAGGCUCAUUCUCUUUACUCUUACAGAGUAAUGAGAUGGGCCUUUCAUGAGAUUAAAAAAGUCAAUUUGAAAUACCGCUCUCUGCUGGCCAACUUUGAAAAUAUGCAGCAAAAAGGAGGAUCUUCUGAAGGCAAGUCUACUCCUCUUCCCUCUAACCUCUGGUCCCUGGAUGAGAAGAAGCUGAUAAUGGUCUACAUCGAAUCUGAUGGUAAGGCCAGGGCUGUUUUUGAUGUUAAGUUUCAAGAGCUUUCGCAUAGGGUAAAUAAAAUUGAGGUGUCUCCGAAGAAGACUAUGGAGCACAGUUUGAAGCUCAUGAAAAAUUGUUCUGAGAACAUGCGUGCCCUGGUCGCUAGGCUGGAAGCCUCCUAUCUGGAAAUAGCCUCCAGUGAGCAAGAGCUGGUGCUGAUUGUUGACAAAGAUGGUCCUGGUAAGCGCACUAGAUCCAGCACUAUAAAGAAGUUUGUCUCUCUUUCCCCUGACAUUGAGCAACUCAAGAAGACGAUUCAGAAACAUAGGUCUAUGCUUGGGAACAUCGCUUGCUUGUCAACUUCUGUAAGGGAUAAACUAGCCACAGGGUCUCCACAACAUGAAGGAAGUGAAAAUGGCAAACUUGUUAAGAAAGGAGCUGAUGGAGGUGAGAAGUCAGUUGCAGACAUUCAUAUUCUGAAUACUCUUGCAAAGUACUUAUGGCUGAAGGACAAUCCUGAGUUUCGCUUAAGAAUAUUGGUAGCUUUGGGUCUUUUGGUAGGCGCUAAGGUGUUAAAUGUUCAAGUACCGUUUCUUUUCAAACUUGCUAUUGAUGGAUUGUCUGUCGCAGUUGGAGCUUCUAACCCAGCUGUGGCAGCAGUAGUUUCCAACUCGACUGUUCUAGCACUUUUUGGGACCCCUGUUGCUGUUCUAAUUGGCUAUGGUAUUGCAAGAGGAGGUGCUUCAGCUUGCAAUGAACUCCGAAAUGCUAUUUUCUCAAAAGUUGCCUUGAGAACAAUCCGAAUUAUUUCUAGGAAGGUGUUUUCACAUCUUCACAAUCUUGAUCUUAAGUAUCACUUGAGUCGUCAAACUGGGGCACUCAAUCGUACUAUUGAUCGUGGGACACGUGGUAUUAAUUUCAUCCUUAGCUCCAUGGUAUUCAACGUUGUACCAACUGUAUUGGAGAUAUCAAUGGUUGCAGGUAUUUUGGCAUAUAAGUUUGGGGCUCCUUUUGCCUUGGUCACUUCUCUCGCUGUUGCUGCAUAUGUUGCUUUCACUUUGGUUGUGACCCAGUGGCGAACCAAAUUUAGACAGAUGAUGAACAAAGCAGACAAUGAUGCAAGUUCACGAGCUAUUGAUUCACUUAUCAACUAUGAGACUGUGAAAUAUUUCUCAAAUGAGGACUUUGAAGUUAAAAAAUAUGACGAGUUCUUAGAAAGAUAUGAGGGUGCAGCUUUGAAGACUCAGAGUAGUCUGGCUUACUUAAAUUUUGGCCAGAACAUUAUUUUCAGCACAGCCCUAUCAGCAGCCAUGAUUUUAUGUUCACAGGGAAUAAUGAGUGGAACUAUGACUGUUGGUGAUCUGGUUAUGGUAAAUGGAUUGCUUUUUCAGCUUUCAUUACCUCUCAAUUUCCUUGGCACUGUAUAUCGGGAGACACGUCAAAGCCUUAUUGAUAUGGAAUCAAUGUUUUCACUACUUGAGGAAAAAUCAACUGUCCAGGAUGUACCUUAUGCAAAACCUCUACAAUGGAAUGGAGGGAGGAUUCAAUUUGACAAUGUGCACUUUGGAUACACACCAGAGCGGAAGAUUUUAGAUGGUGUAUCUUUUGAAGUUCCCGCAGGCAGAAGUAUCGCCAUUGUUGGAACUAGUGGCAGUGGGAAAUCAACCAUACUUAGGCUUUUAUAUCGGUUCUAUGAUACCCAAUCUGGAAGUAUAAAAGUUGAUGGCCAGGAUAUCAGAGAAGUGUCUCUCCAGAGUCUAAGAACUUCGCUUGGAGUUGUUCCUCAGGAUACUGUACUUUUCAAUGAUACAAUAUUCCAUAAUAUACAUUAUGGUCGAUUGUCUGCAACAGAAGAGGAGGUAUAUGAUGCUGCUCGUAAUGCAUCAAUACAUGAUACAAUUUUACGAUUUCCUGAACAAUAUCAAACUAAAGUAGGAGAAAGGGGGCUUAAGUUGAGUGGAGGGGAAAAGCAGCGAGUGGCUCUGGCACGGGCAUUUUUGAAAUCCCCACCUAUCUUUUUAUGCGAUGAGGCAACAAGUGCACUCGACAGCACAACUGAAGCUGAAAUACUAUCAGCCAUCAAGUCAUUAGCAAAUGAUAGAACUUCAAUCUUCAUUGCUCAUCGUCUUACUACUGCAAUGCAGUGUGACGAGAUUAUUGUUCUGGAGAAUGGAAGAGUGGUUGAACAAGGAUCUCAUGAAGUCCUUUUGACAAAAGGGGGGCGUUAUGCUCAACUUUGGGGCCAGCAAAAUAAUGUUGAAGGAAAUGAACCCUUAAAUGGAUCAAUAACAGCAGAGGAACCAGCAAGGAUCGGAUGAUUUUUUUGUAUAUUUGAUGGUAUUAUUUAUAGACAAUUCAAAUCAGGAUUACUAGGAUAUUACACUGUAUAGGUUGACAAGAGUUAGGUUGUUAAGGUUUUCUUUGUAAGGUGGCCAUUUUAAAAAUUUUCUUACCCCAAUUUUGUAAUAAUUUAUUUUUACGAUUUCCUCGUUGUCAUUUCCCUUUAAAUUGGGAGGAGGGCUCAUUUCAGCCCAGGGAAAUGUCGUCACAAAUUAACGAGUAUGUAAAGAAAAUUUAUGGAGGGAGUUUGCCUUCUGUUCCCCCUUGCAAAACUUCAAUUUAAGUUCUAACUGUAUUGAUACUGAUCAUUGCAUUUCAAGCAUAUAUCACAGAUGUAACUUAUUUUGGAUUGGAUAGAGAAGCAAAGUUAUUUUUAUGC